AUGAUGGUGGGGUCGAAGACCGCUAGGAAGAGUGUAGUGAGUCGAAAAAGCAUUGGUGUAGGACAGAAAUUCCCAGUGAAAGGUGGAAAAGUAAAGAAGAAACAGACCCCCCGACCUCGAAGGUUUAGUUUGAUUUAUUCAUCUGAUUCUGCUUUAAGUGAUAUCUCUGAUGCAGAGAAUGGAAAUGAAAAAGUAUACACAAAGAGAAAGAGUGGAAAGGUAAAAAGCACAUCGAAUAAUGCAGCAGGAAAAACUAGCAGACUGAUACAAGGCGGCUCUGAGGAUGGCCCUGAUUCUUCGGAUCAGGCUGUUGUGAGCGAUAGUGAAAACGAAAGCGAUGAUAGUGAUGAUAGCGAUGAUAGCGAUGACGAGGGUAGUGAUAGUGAUGGGAGUGAUAGUGAUACCAGUUCUGAUGAUGAGAAUAUUGAUUUUGUGAGAUUGACUGCACAGAGAAAGAAGAGAGCCAUGAAGGCGCUUUCAGCGCUGAAGCGGAAUAAAUCACCGACUAAAUCUCCAGUGAAGAAACUUGAAAAGAGGCCACCGCCCGUGGAUAAUACCAAGAAGAAAGAAGAGUCUUCGUCUGAGGACGAUUCUGACAAUGGAAAUAAUGAGGUUGCCUUAGCCUUCAAUUUUAGAAAGGACGACGAUGGUAUACGGUAUGGCAGCGUUAGUGAACAUAGCGAAGAAGAUAUUGGUGAAGAAGUGAAAGAUUCUAAUGAAAUUAAUAUGAGCUUACUGUUUAACGAUAAGCUGAACCAGUUGCACGUUCCGCAGUUGUCAGCCUCAGAAGAGUCGGAAUACGAUAUAGAUCAGGAUGCAUAUUUUAACGUGAUAGAAGACGAAUCGAUGGGUGAGAUUGAAACGGGACUGGAUACUGGGGAAGACGAUGUGCCGAUUCUUCACGAAGAGGAAAGGAAUCUCGUAUCAGAGUUGCAAAAUGCUGAUGACUUGUCUUUUGAUGGUAGUAUACACGAGGAUGGAUCCGAUCCGGCAGAAAGGUUGAGGUCACCUUUCGUAGAUGGUAACGGCGAUGCGAUAGAUGAGGAUGAUAACGAUGAAGAUGACGACGGGAUAAUGACCGUUUUUGACAUGCCCUUUUAUGAGGAUCCCAAGUUUGCUAGUCUGUACUAUUGCGAAGAUGGCAGUGAGCCUCGAUUGAGCUUAAGUACUUCUCUUCCCCUGCUGGUGAGUGACGAGAAAUUAAAGAGAUUAAAGAUGAGAGAAGCCAAGAAACUGGAACGUCAGGAACGUAUACAAAGGCGGAAACUCUUGAAAGAUAAGAAGAGAAAGGACAACAAUUCUAAGGCCUCACAGGUUGACGGUGAAGAAUACAUUUUUGGUAUCUUUUUUCAAAGUGAUGACGAGCGUAGAGAUGGUGAAAGUGAGAAGGAGCAUAUUGCUUUACAGGGUAAUAUGGAUUUAGAGUCACCGUUACGUCGUUUGGGAUCAGCAGCUGCAUCAGACGUUAGCUCAGAUGAUGAAUAUGAUAAUAUCCUGCUGGAUAUUGCACACAUUCCAUCCGAUGAUGAAAUUAAUAGUCCCAAGGAUAGCCAAAGAGCUCGUGGUGAUCAAAGCGUUUCAAGUUCCGUGCCGAAUACAUCAGCUAUUAAUACAGAUGAUGAUAGUGACGCUAUGGAUGGUGCUGGCUACGAUGAUGAUGAUGACUUGAGUGAUACGAAUGUGUUUAUUGACAUUGAUGACCUAGAUCCUGAUUCAUUCUACUUCCAAGAUCACGACGACGAUGAUUCUACUUCACUCUCCGAGAUGACCGACGAUACAGAUGUAAGCAAUAAAGAGAACCCAAAGAAUGAUGUCUUAGAGACCGUGGAAUAUGUUGAUGAUGAAUCUACAGACGAGGACGAUAAUCUACCUCCACCAAGUUCCAGAAGCAAAAUCAUCGGUUCAAAGGCCAAAGAAGUGGUGAGCGCCAACGUGGUUGGAUUGAAGCCACCAAAACUUGGAACCUGGGAAACGGACAGUAAACCAUUCACCAUUAUUGAUGGCCUUUCUACGAAAUCCUUAUAUCCUCUGAUACAGGAACAUCAGCAGCUUGUGGAACAACAGCAGAGAGCAAAAUCCCAAUCGCCUGAUCUGCGAUCUGGCCACGAACUGAGCUCCGCUAAUGGUGAUGAACUUACGUUGAAUGAGUUAUUGAAUAUGAGUGAGCUGGAGGAUGAAGAAAAUAGCACACCUUCAUUUUCACAGGCAGUCUCCAACUGGUAUGAGAAGCCGAAAGUACCGCUUUCAGCCUUCCGGAACAAAGGUGUAAAUGAACUCGAGGACGAUGAGUACAUGUUGCCUGUCAACGCGACCAGAAAGGUCCCAAUUGGUUACAUUGGAAGUGAAAGGACAAGAAGGAAGAUUGAUAAGAUGAAAGAGUUACAAAGGAAGAAGGCUGAAAAGAGAAGGAAAUUGAAGAAGAAGAAGAAGCUUUUAAAGUUGAAGCGAAGACAAGAACGCUUGGAGAAAAGUUCUCAAGCGGGACGAACGCCCGAAACAGUGCCUGAAAUGGGCGACUCAGCCGUGGCUGAGCAGACGUCAGAGGUAGAUCAUCAUGACAAUCUUCUUUCCCACGAGCCAGAAGGCUAUGUCGCAAGGUCAAGAAAGGGCUCAGUCAAGAGUGUCGGGCUCGAAGAAAUCCAUGAAAUCCUUGGAAAGGACAACAGUGACUUAUACGAUGGUAGUGAGCCACCGUACUCGCUACCUGAGGGAAGUGAUCAUGCACUUGACUUGGCUGAUGCCGACAUUUUGUCUUCUUUGACUGCACCUAUCCAAUUAGAUGACGUCGGCGGUGCUCCUUCCUGGAGACGUAGACAAAGUAUGGUGGAGGCUGCCGCAGAAAACUUGCGGUUCACAAAGAGCGGCUUAUUCAGUGAAAGUGCAUUGGCAGAUAUCGAAGAGAUCAUCGGUACUGGAGCAACAGCGGGUGCUUUCGAAUUUAGUGAAGCGUUGCAGUAA